CUGCAGCAGCCCCUGCCGGAGAGGAUUGAGUUCAUCUGCAGCUUCCUACAGAAGCACUGCAAGCACAAGUCAGCCCUGGAGAGCCCCGUGUCCCAACCCAAACUCUUGGAGGGAGAGGAGCUGGAGCUGGCCAAGGUGACCAUGCUGCUGCUGUACCACGCCUCCAUGAGCAGCAAAAGCCCCAGGAACUGGAACGAAUUUGAGUACAAAAUCCAGGCCGAGCUGGCGACCAUCCUCAAGUUUGUGCUGGACAAUGAAGAGAGCCUGCGUGAGAACCUGGAGCUCUUCCUGCAGAAGAAAGUGCCGCUUUCCUCCUCCAGCAUCUCGAGCACCAGCUCCGAGGAGCAGUCCCCCGUGUUCUCCCGCCAGCACAAGCGCGAGGUGCGCUUCCUGGAGCUGCAGAAAAUCGCCUCCUCCUCCAGCAUGAACAACUUCCUUCCUGGCUCCCCCAUGGGCGACAUCAUGCAGACCCCGCAGUUCCAGCUGAGACGGCUGAAGAAGCAGCUGGCGGACGAGCGGGAAAACCGGGAUGAGCUGGAGCUGGAACUGGCAGAGAACCGCAAGCUCAUCACAGAGAAGGAGACUCAAAUCACCAUGCUGCAGCAGCGGAUUGACCGCCUGACGCUUCUCAACGAGAGACAAGCCGCUGACGAUCUGGAGCCCAAGCAGCUGGAAGAACUGCGGGAAAAGAACGAAAGCCUGAUCUUGCGCUUGCACGAGGCCCUAAAGCAAUGCCAGGACCUGAAGACUGAAAAAGGCCAGAUGGACCGAAAAAUCAACCAGCUCUCCGAGGAGAACGGGGACCUCUCGUUCAAGCUUCGGGAGUUCGCCAGCCACUUGGCGCAGCUGCAGGAAGCGUUGAACGAGCUCUCCGAGGAGCACAACAAGGCGAUGGCGGAGGGGGAGGAGAAACGAACCCACCUGGAGACCGAGCUCCACGCUGCCCUCCACGAGAAGAAAUGCUUGGAGGAGAAGCUGGAGAUUCUGCAGGGGAAGAUCUCUCUGCUGGAGGACCAGCUGGCCAAGCUGCGGGAGGGAGGCAUGCAGGAGAAAGGAGAGGUCAUGGGGGACAUCCUGAAGCUUGAAGACUUGAAGCAGGAAGUGAGCAGCCUCUCGGCGAAAGGGAGCGAGCUCCAAGCCACCGUCCUUCGGCUGGAAGAGGAAAAGGGCCUCCUGGAGGCGGCUCUUCAAUCCGAACGGAGCCGCUUCGAAGAGGAGAAACUUCAGCUCACAGGCCUCAUCGCCAACCUGCAGAGCUCGGUCUCCGAGCUGCGCCUGGCGAAAGAGAAGCUGGAGCAGGACUCCCGAGCGCAGGAGGAGCGACUGAACGCCCAGGUCAACACGCUCACCGCCGAGAUCGCGAAGCUGAACGGCUUCCUCCUCCAGCGGGACCAGGAGCUGCUGACGCUUCAUCAGCAGGUGGAGGAGGAGAAGCUCCAGAAGGGACAGCUGGCGGAAGAUCUCCAGAAGCAAGAGCAGUCCUCCAUGGAGACCAUCGAAGAGCUGAGCCUGCAAGUGCACCAGCUCAGCGACACCCUGAAGCACAGCGAGGAGAGGCUGGUGCAGAUGGAAGCCAUGAGCGAAGGGGAAGCCAAACAGCUGGCCUCCUUGAGAGAAGAGCACGCCAAGGCCCUGCAGGAAAGGGAGUCUGCCCUGCAGCAGCUCCGGGAAUUCCAGCAGAGACAAGACACGGAGCUGGCAGCCCUGACUGCUCAGCUGCAAACUCUGGAAAAGGCCAGAGCGGCCAGCCAGGCCUCCGCUGUGGAGACACAAAGGGAAAAGGCUGAACUGAGCCAGAGGGUCCAAGAGCUGGACGCCCGAGUCCUGGAACUCACUGCCCAGCACUCACAGAGCGAGGCCCAAGCAGCGGCUGCGGAGUCUCUGAGAGCCCAGGUCCGAGAACUAGAGAACCAGCGGAAAGAGGAUCAGCAGAAACUCUCCGACAAGGAGCGGUUGGCCAAGGAAAAUGCCCAGCUCCAAGAGCGCCUCCUCUCCAUGGAGGAGUCUGCCCGGAACACAGAGGGCAUCCUGGAGGAUGAGAAGAGGAGAGCUUCGGAGAGCCUCGAAGGGAACCUUAAAAGGAUCACUGAGCUGGAGUCCCAAAUCCAGCAGCUGGCAGAGGCCCGCAAGCAGGCUCUGGAGGAGGUGGGCGAGGAGCAAGCCAAAAGGCAAGCGCUCACGUUGCAGGUGGAGCAGCUGGGGGACGAAUACAGGGCAGAGACGGAGAGGCUGCAACGCCAGCUGGCAGAAAUGUCUUCGGCCGCCAGAGAGGGUGCAGGAGAGCGCGAGAGGCUGGAGGAGACGGUCCGCGCUUUGCGUGGAGACCACAAGCAGGCUCGCCGGCAGCUCCAGACGGAGCAGGGCAGGGCGGCGGAGCUAGAAGCACAGAUCAAGCGCCUAACCACUGAGCAAGAAGAGAAGCUGGCGCUGCUUCAGACUGACCUCUCCAAGGCCCUCGCGCAGGUCAAGGAGAAGGCGAGCGUGGAGGUAAAACUCAGGGAGGAUCUCUCCUCUCUGCAGGAGACGACCGCAGCGUCCCAGCAGGAAGCAGCCCGGCGCAUCGCUCAGCUGGAGACGGAGGCGCAGAAGGCGGCCGAGACACUCAACGCUGUCACUCGGGAGCUGGCUGACGAACGGCUCAAGACGACGGCGCUCGAAGCGACGGCGAAGCGUCUGGGAGAACAGAAGCACGAGGAACUGACUGCAACGGAGUCUGACCUCUCCAGAGCAGCGCUGGUCCUGCAGGAGAGAGAGCUGGAAGUGGAGAAACUGUCCGGCGAGGUUAAGCAGUUGAAGGCCAGGCUGGAAGAAGCCCUGCAGAAGCAGAAACAGGAGCUAGCUCUCCGAGACACGGAGCUGGAGGGUCUGACAGGUGAGCUGGAGCGAGCCAAGGCAGACCUGGCAGUGAAGAAAGCCAGCCAGGCGGAGCUGGAAGUCCAGCUGCAGAACUCCAUCGACGAGCAAAGAGCCGAGCGUUCUGCCCACCAGCAGGAACUGGCCAGGUCCCUGCAGUUGAUCGAGGAGAAGGAAGGGGAGCUGGACGAGCUCCGCCUGAAAAACGUCUCCCGGAACGAGGAGCUGAGGGACCUGCAGAAGACGGUCGUCAAGCUGAAAGGGGAGCUCGCCUCAGUGGAGGCGCUGAAGGAGCGGGCGGCCAAGAUGGAGAACGAGCUGCAGGGCUUCCUGGAAGUGGCGCGGACCCGAGAGGCCGAGAUUGACAGCAUCAAGUCCAUCGUGUACUCCAAGGAGAUGUCUCUCAAAAGCUUGGAGGAGCAGAUCCGACACCGGGAGCAGGAAUCCAGCUCCAGCCAAGACCUGGCCCAGGAGAAGGUGAAGGAGAGCGAGAUGCUCCACUCGGAAAUGGAGAAACUGGAGCAGAAGUGCCGGGAGCAGCAGGACACCAUUGCCAGCCUGGAGAAAGCUGCCGCUCAGAGUAAGGCAGCUGCUUUGGAGCAUAAGGGAGCGGAGCUGGAGGCCCUGAGGAGAGAAGUGACGCAGCGGAAGCAGAAAGUGAUGGAGCUGGAGAAACUCCUGGAAGCCUCUCGAUCCGCACAGGCUGGGCAAGACGGCACCGUGGAGGCGCUGAAGAAAGAGCUAAUGGAGACGGCGCAGGAGCUGGCCCAGAGCAAAGACUCCAUCGCCGCGGUGGAGAAGGAGCUGGUGGCGCUGCGCUCUUCGGCCCAAGAGAAGGGCAAGCUGGAGGAGAGCUGGAAGGACCAGAUCUCCCGGUGUUGUCAGGAGGUGGAGCGGAAGAACAGCUUGAUCGGCAGCCUGGAGCAGGAAGUCUCCAUCCUCCACCUGCAGGUCCUGGAGAAGGAGGGGGAGAGCAAAGAGCUGAAGCGCCUGAUCCUGGCGGAGUCGGAGAAGAGCAAGAAGCUGGAGGAGAGGCUGCGGUUGCUCCAGUCGGAGACGGCCAGCGCCGCGUCUCGGGCGGCGGAGAGGUGUGCCAUCAUGAAGGGCGAAGUGCAGACCUACCAGGAGGAGGUGGAGAAGCAGAGGCUGUCCAUAGAGGCCCUGAAGAGGGAGCUGAGCUCCCAAGGGGAACGCCAGGAGGCGCUCCGGCAAGAGGGGAAAGCCUGGCAGGAGAAGUUCUUCCAGAAGGAACAGCUCCUGUCCUCGUUGCAGGUGGAGUUGGCGAAGGCGCAAGCCCUGGCCGGGGAGCUGAUGCCCAUGAAACGCCUCUACCAGCAGCAGCAGGCCGAGCAGUCCUCCCUGGAGAGCAAACACCGCGAAGAGCUGGAGCAGAGGCAGAAAGCAGCCGGGGCUCUGCAGGCUGAACUUGCCAGAGCCAAGCUGGAACUGGGCGAGCUCCUGUCCCUCAAGGAGAGGUUCUCCGAACAAGACUGCACCGUGCAGCGGCUGCAGGGGGAGAACGCCAGCUACGCGGAGCGGCUCGCCGCGCUCCAGCGGGCCCACGCCCAGCUGCUGGAGGAGAGCCAAGGGCUCCGGGAGAAGUCCAGCCAAGGGCGCCAGAGGUUUGAUGCCGAGCUCAGCCAGAUGCAGGAGAAGCACAGCCGGGAGCUGGAGGCCCUCCGGGCGGAGUCUGAGAAACUGGUGGCGGGGAGCCGGCGCGAGGCCGACGACGCGGUGAAGAAGCUGGAGGCGAUGACCAACAAGUACGAGAACGCCAAGGUCAGGGUGCUGGAGGAGAGGCAGAAGUUCCAGGAGGAGAGGCAGAAGCUGACGACUCAGGUGGAGCAGCUAGAGGUAUUGCAGAAGGAGCGCGCGAAGCAGGUGGAGGAGCUGAACAAACAGCUGGCCCAGAACGAAAAAGCCACCCGCUCCCAGCAGGAGUCGGUGAAGGUGCGGGAAGGGGAGCUGCAGGCAGAGGCCGCUCGCCAGCAGGUGAAGAUAGCGGAGCUGCAGGAGCAGCUGGUCCUGAAGGAGAAGGCUGCAGAGCACUACAAAGCACAGGUAGGAGAUGGAGAAGGCGAAAACUUUCUACGAUGCCAAGAAGCAGCAGAACCAAGACCUGGCGGAGAAGCUGAAGGGGCUGGAGCAGCUGCAGAAGGAGAACGCUGAGCUCAAGGCGGAGUCGGAGCGGCUGGCCAGGGAGCUGCAGCAAACCGUCCUCCAGGCCAAGGAGUCCGAGCUCAGCUGCCGGAACCUGAGCAGCCAGGGCCGCAGCUUGGAGGCCCAGGUGGAGUUUGCAGAUCGGCAGUUACGGGACCUUGGCAAGUUCCAGGUGGCCACCGAUUCGCUGAAGAGCCGGGAGACCUACCGCCAGAACCCGGCCGACGUCAGCACGGACAGCCUGGACCUGAGCAGCGACGAGACGCUGCCGCUCAACUCCACCAGGUACUGCCUCCCCCGCCCGGGGCAGCCCAGA